AUGUCUCAUACUUUAAAAUCGAAAACGCUUCGCGAGCUGGACGUCGAAGAAAUCCAAGAAAGCAACCCAUUGCUUAAGCUAGUUCAAGGGCAGAGAAUUGUUCAGGUACCGAGUCUGGUUCUUGAGUCUGGAGUAGUGAUAAAUAACUUUCCUAUUGCUUAUAAGACAUGGGGAACAUUAAACGAAGCUGGUGAUAAUGUUCUUAUCAUCUGCCAUGCCUUGACCGGAUCAGCAGAUGUUGCUGACUGGUGGGGUCCUCUUCUGGGUAAUAAUUUGGCGUUUGACCCAUCGAGAUUUUUCAUCAUAUGUUUGAACUCUAUGGGUUCCCCGUAUGGUUCUUUUUCACCAUUAACGAUCAAUGAGGAGACAGGUGCAAGAUAUGGUCCUGAAUUUCCGUUAUGCACAGUGCGUGAUGAUGUCAGAGCUCACAGAAUUGUCCUGGAUUCUUUGGGAGUGAAGUCGAUAGCGUGUGUUAUUGGUGGCUCCAUGGGGGGGAUGUUAAGUCUGGAAUGGGCUGCCAUGUAUGGUAAGGAAUACGUGAAGAAUAUGGUUGCCCUGGCGACAUCGGCAAGACACUCCGCCUGGUGCAUAUCGUGGUCAGAAGCUCAGAGACAGUCGAUUUACUCGGAUCCAAAUUAUUUGGACGGGUACUACCCAGUAGAAGAGCAACCUGUGGCUGGUCUAUCAGCUGCACGUAUGUCUGCAUUGUUGACCUAUAGAACUAGAAACAGUUUUGAAAACAAAUUUUCCAGAAGAUCUCCUUCAAUAGCGCAACAACAAAAGGCCCAAAGAGAAGAAACGCGCAAACCCUCCACUAUCAGCGAGCACUCUUUACAAAUUCACAAUGAUGGGUACAAAAUCAAAGCCAGUGCUGCAAUUACUGGCAUGUCAGGGCAAAAACGCCAAAGCGUAGUUUCUACUACAUCGUCUUCAGAUUCAUUGAACUCCUCGACGUCAAUGACUUCGGUGAGUUCUGUAACUGGUGAAGUGAAAGAUAUUAAGCCUGCACAGACAUAUUUCUCCGCACAAAGUUAUUUGAGAUACCAAGGCACAAAGUUUAUUAAUAGAUUUGACGCCAAUUGUUACAUCGCCAUAACUCGUAAAUUAGACACACACGAUUUGGCCAGGGACAGAGUUGAAGACAUAAGGGAAGUUCUUUCUUCUAUCGACCAACCGUCGCUGAUAAUCGGUAUCCAGUCUGAUGGGUUGUUUACAUACUCGGAACAAGAAUUUUUGCAUGAACACAUACCGAAGUCUCGAUUGGAAAAAAUCGAAUCCCCAGAAGGCCACGAUGCUUUUUUGUUGGAAUUUAAGCUAAUAAACAAAUUAAUAGUAGAUUUUUUGAAAACAAACUGUAAGGUAAUUACGGAUGCCAAACCAAGGACUUGGAGAGGAGACGUUGGUAACGACGAAACGAAGACAUCUGUCUUCGGCGAGGCCGAAGAAGUUACCAACUGGUAG